UUUAGCGCCAUUUAUGAGAGGGGUUUUGUUGACAGUCACGAAAAGGGCGCUAAUGUAGGCAAAGAAGUCAAUUUGCCGAAGAAGAUGGCAGAUCUUAAGAUUUAUAGUAUAAACAGUACACGAGAACCUCCAAGUGAAUUGAAGGCCAGUGAUGGAGGAUUCUACCAAUACUGUUCAGUUCCGCUGCCUGAUCAGAUGGUCAUAUUCUGUUUGGGGAAAUUUCCUGAGGGUGAUGGACAUGUGUCGAUUGAAGCCACAUUUCUUUACAAAGACGACAUCUUGACACUGGGCACACUCAGUCAAAAGCAAAGAGCCCUGUGUUGGGAGAGAGGAAGCAGUGCUGUACCAGCCAGUAUGGUAUCCACUACCGAGAACGGUAUGGCAAAGCUGGUACUGGAGAUCCAUGGGGUAACCAAGUCAUCUAGCGACGAAGACAUGAACGUAGAACCAGUCCUUAAGGCUGGAAAGAAGAGUGACCAGGAAAAGUCAGAGAAAACACCACAGGUUGUUGAAAAGAAGACUGAGCCAAACAAACCAACCAAACAAAAGAGGCGGUCUAGCAUUGGUAAAGGGGAGAAGACCCCUACAGGACCCUCAUCUAAGAAACAGCGUAAAAAUACAAGGGUCCGAGGCUUGAAACUAAAGCUGGAGAAUGAAUCGUCAUCAGAGGAGAAAUCCGACAAAGAAAACUUCAGUAUGGAGGAAGCAAAGCUUUCAAAGUCGGCUCAGUCAGAAAAGAAAAUUGUCCACAGCCAGCCUCCCAAUCUCACAAAAGUCACUCUCUCCGUCUGUAAAGAUGUGACAAGCAGAGCUGGCCCCAACCCAAGCAGUCGAUGGGGUCACAGCCUGUGUAUGAUACCUGACAAGAAGAUGGCUGUACUUGUUGGAGGACAGGGGGAGCGACAACAGCUCAGCAAAGACUCCGUUUGGACACUCGAUCCAGUGACAAGGAAGUGGCGGUGCCCUGAGCUGAAGUCGGAGACACAGAAGCCCGAGUACAGGAUGGGCCACACAGCCACAUAUGAUCCCAUGGUCAAGUGUAUAUAUGUGUAUGGAGGCUCCAAGAACCUCAAGUGGUUCCAUGAUGUACAUAUGCUGGACAUAGACGAGUGGAAAUGGCAGCUACUCAAGGUGUCUGGUAAAGCCCCAACGCGUGCCUACCACAGUGCGACACUGUACCGUAAUGAGCUGUGGAUCUUCGGUGGCGUGUAUCCCCGACCAGACCCCCAGCCUGAUGGCUGCAGUAACGAUGUGCACAUCUUCUCUCCUGUCAUGGAGAGUUGGUACACACCCAUCAUCAAGGGAGACAAGCCCAUUGCCAGAUCUGGCCACUCGGCCACGCUGAUGAAGGACCAGCUGGUGGUGUUUGGAGGCUGGGAUGCUCCUUAUGUGUACAACGACCUUCAUAUCCUUGACCUCAGUAUGGUGGAAUGGUCUCAACCCAAAGUCUCUGGUACUCCACCUAAUCCACGCAGUUGGCAUGCUUCCUCUGCACUGUCUGGAAACAGAAUACUCAUUCAUGGUGGCUAUGAUGGCAAUGUGGCCCUAGAUGACACCCAUGUCUUCUGUCUUGAUUCCCUAACUUGGAUGAGAAUUCGUCUGGAUCCCAAACCAAUUGCCCGUGCUGGCCACCAGGCGGUGUGUCUGCCAUACUCCCAUGACAAUGACGACCAGGACGAGGUGUUAGUGUUCGGCGGUGGCGACAACGAUGGUGCCUUCUACAGGGAUCUCAUCAGUGUCAAUGUGGCUUUUAACCCGGAGCUGGAGAUCAUCAGUAAGGAAAAUGACGCCCCGCCAGUCUUGUCUUGCAUUGAUGGCAAUGUGACCUGCUAAGCUGAGAUUAAGCCGAUUAUUCAGGGACCGUGUUGAAGAGGGAAGAGAUUGAGGGGAUAAAUUCCUUGGAGACAAAUUAACUUGUAAAUUAAAAGAUUCUGAUUGUUAAAGGGCACAAUCUGUUGAACUUUCAUGCUGUUAUGUUUCAUCAUGAGAAGUAAAAUAUCCGUUUUCAUUGUUAAAAUGUGCAAUUUUCAGAUAUUAUUUGUUGGCAGCAAAGUAUGUAGGAAGUGUUAAUGAGAGUGAAAUUGUCCACUGUUAUAUAAAUGUUUAUACAUACAUACUGUUGUAUUGUAAUUAUUCUGUUCUGCUUCCUGUUUCACUGAAAGCAGUAACUUCUGUAAGAAAUUGUUGGUUGAAAGAUUUGGAGUUGUUCUCUUUUGGGAACGGAAAACAAAUUAAAACAACCAUGGUAGUAUUUGCAUGAAUCCAAUGUAUUUAUGUAAUUCAAAUCUCUUUUAUUUGUAAAUUAACUUUUAAUAUAAUGUCACAAUUAAUCUGAUUUAUAGUGAUUCGUGUUGUAUGUAAUUAUGUAUAAAAGCAGUUUUUAACUUGUAUAAUGAUUUACAGUGAAUGACUUAUCAUUUAUAAUGAGAAUAUCACAAGAAAACUUUGUCAUAAUGGCAACAAGACGACAAAUGUUUAAUCAAAGGUUAUAAUUAUUAAUAAAUUUGAUUUAAAAACUU